AUGCAGCGUGAUAAAGGGUACAUAUCUCAGUCUCGCGCGCGGGCAGGGGCUGCUUUUUGUGUGUGUGUGCGCGCGCGUGUGCGCGUCUUGUUGGGGUGGGGGCUGGGUGGGAAGCGAGGCUCCUCUGCAGUUAUCUCCACAGCUCGCCGGCUGGGCUCUCAGAGCGCGAGCUGGUGACCCAAAAGAAGGGUGUUGCCCUCUCCUCACAACAUUGAUCCUGCACGCUGCCUUGCUGCUGCUGCUGCUGCCGCCGUCGCUUCAUGCAAAACACACCCCUGGCUGCAAGCAAGCAAGCAAGCAAGCAGGUGUGCAGCUCAAGACGAGCUCUGUCUUGUGGUGUGUGUGUGUGUGUGUGUGUGUGUGUGUGUGUGUGUAAGUGUAAAAAAAAAAAAAAGCCCUCUCAGGUUUGUAUGCACUUCCUAUUAACAGAUUGCUGUCUUGGGAGCAUCUGGCUGUGGAUUUAGUCGGGGAAGGAGGUUGCUGCUGCUGCUCGCGCGCGCCUGAGCUGCUCGGCGAGAAAGGUAAGCUUUUGUUCGCCUGCUUCCAGUUCGUAGCCCUGAAGACCCUAGUGGUAUAUGUCUGUAUGUAUAUAUUUCGCUUGCAUUAAGUUCUAAAAAAGAGAAAAAAAGCCGUCCAUGUUGACUUUACAUUCAAUUGCCCGGGCGAUUAUUUAUUUUGAUGUGUAACGUGGAGAGAGCCUUUCUUUCAGUAAAACAGAUAAUCGAACUGUCAGGCUUGGGCUACUACUGCAAGCGAGCAGUUGCUGUUGGGAUCUGUGUUAACUGCCCCCUCUCACUUCGUUUCCACAUUCAGAGAUGAUGAUGUGCAUGGGGGGGUGUCUUCUUUUGUAGACCACUGUCCCAACUCUAGGAAAUCAUCAGUAUGCCCCAGGACUUGGGGAGAGUUUUUAAAAGUAUAACCAUCUGAAGCCCUUGAAACCCCUCUAUAUUGCGGUGUUGACAUUCUGCCCCGUGUGAAUGUUGCUAUAUAACUAGAUUGGAAGAGCACCGGCCACCCCUUGCCCUCUCCACCACGGCUCUUGCAUUGCAUUGCAUUGCAUUGUUGUAGUAUGUAGGUCAUAAGGGAAAAGAGGCGUUUGCACUCGUCUUGUGGGCUGCACGCCCCGUUGCUGUGUUUGAUUAGUUUCUGAUGGCUGUGCUGUUAAGAGGCGAGUAAGGUAGGAGAGAAACAGUUCACACCUCCUUUUCAAAGAGCUCCCACAGACCCACACUCAGGCACACACGGAGCACAACACACCCAUUGUGCGCCUGAGUUGGGGGCUGGCUUGAUAGAAAGGAAGCCAGUUCUCCACAUGGACCACAAAUGCAGCUAUACUGGGGUGGAGAGCGAAACUCCUUUGAAACACAACCUCGGUGGCAAACUGCAUGUUAAGAGCAAUAUCGGGGACAAAGGAAAUGAAAGAUACACACAUGGAAUGUCUAUAGACCUUACUGAAGCAGAGUGGUUCUGGCAUAUGUCUAGGUGCUAAACGUAUAGGCUUUUGGUUUCUUGAAAUAACUCGUAAAACUGAUCAAUAAAACCACCAUCUGUUGACAUAGCGUAAGGCAGAUAAUGUUUAAAUUAUGGUAAAGGAGAGAAUUGUACUCACUCCAGGUUACUAGUAAUAGGUGGCUGUUGUUUUGCUAGAAUGCCAUCAUUUUUGGCUGCUUAGAACAUUGUUGAAAACCUUUCAUGUUUUUAUAAAAUUCCAUGCUUUCUCAAAGCACUACUGGAUAAUCUUUAGAAUAUACUUAACAUAAUAGAAUCGCUGCUAGAUUAAACAUUGCAGACGGCUGCGCCGAAGUCAAUAGGUAAAUUAGUAACAAAGGUAGUAUUAUGUGCUGGUGAAGCAAUAAAGAUGCCAAAGUCCAAUACAUUUUCAGAUGUCUUUUCCGUAUAUAUAUAUAUAUAUAUGAGCAUUUAUUAAAUGCGAUUGGGAAAUGCUGUACUCAGGUGUGCACAGAAUUACACAUUCACAUUUAGAGUCGCUUGUCUACCAAGUCCUUUGCAAAGCAUCUUCUUCGUUUUGUGUUGUUUUUUAGUUUCAUCUCCAAGCACUUAAGUUACUUGAACUGGCCUGUUUUAUAUUUCUUGUCUUUUGUUACACUUCAAGAUCUUUCAGAUAUAGGACCUGACUGCCCCCCCAUCCCUUUCACUAUGAUGUGUCAUUCAUUCAUAGUAUCACACAGAUUCAAUUUAACAGGUAUUUAUUGAUUCUGCUCUGUGUCAAGUCUAUUGUUAAACACUGACUGCAGCUUCACACAAUGCUUUUUUUUUAAAGGAUGGCAUUUUUAACAGGGACUAAUUCAAGUAUUGUGUGCAGAUCAUAAUGAAUGAAGUUUGUACAUACAAGUUGCUCUGUGUGUGUACACAGUGUACACGUGCUGGGGUGUGUUGACAUUUAAUUUUGUCAUAGAAUUCCCUUUUCCUUGCAACUUCAUAAUGUGUUAAAGAGUUUUCCCACAGGAUUCCAGAAAUGGUAUUUGAAUGGAGCUGUGCUCAUUGAAACAUACCUUCAAUUUAAACAUGGAUUUCUUCUUGCUUUUAAUAGCACGUUGACCUCGGUCAUAAGUAAUACAGUGGAGCCUUAAGAGCUGUCUGCACAUUCAGAAAAAUCUAGUCACAUAAUCCUGGAGGACCCUAACAACUCCAGAGACAAAUGUGGUUUAAUGAGGGAAAGAUAUGCCAGGAGAGAUGGGGGAGAGACUCCCCUCUGCUAAAUUCUCAAACAUGUACAGAGGGCUUCAAGAAGAGUAAUGUUAUUUCUUCACUUCACACUGGAUUUGCAGGCACUUGGAAGUAAUGGAGAAUAUCCUUCUUGCUCAUUUUUUUUGAGUGCCUUCAAAAGCAUGGCACAAAAGGAACCAAGUAGUUAAUUGCAUAGUGGGGAGAGCAGAACUGUGCCCAGAGGCUGCACCCACUCUGUGUUGCUUCAUCUUAUGAAUUGGAAAGGGAGAUGUCUGCAGAAGGUAGCUUGCUACAUGCACCUAGGCUUCCCCUGCUCCUAGUGUGGAAUUAGGGUUCUGUGUUGUGGAGUGGAGCCUAGGCACAAACAGGCGACUUACCUUGUACAAACAUUUCUUUUGCCCAACUCAUGGAUUCCAAGGGCUGCUGGGUGCGGCAGGCAGGCAGAGCCCCACUCAUCCCUUCACACAAUUGUUAAUCUUGUGGCGGGAACACCCAAAUAGGGCUCUAGCCUCCCAAAAUAGAGCUCUAGCCUCUGUUCAUCAAAUAACUUGGGGCACAGGUGACCAAAAGCAAUGUAGUUAGGCCCUUAGUCUAGCUCAGCUGUAGUAUCCAAGCUGGACUGGAGUAAAAUUGCCCCAGGCUUAUGGGGCACAAGCGUAACAAGGCAGAGCAGGGAGGCAGUGAUUUCAUUCCAUUCCCUUGUUUGCUCUGUUUCAUGUAGAAAAACAGAUGGUGCUACCUGCUUUAAAUAAAUAUGUGUAACUGCCUCAUCACAUCUAGUUCUUUUCUUGGCAGUUGGACUGAAAGGCAGACUUGUUUUUGGGAGGCCAGAUGUUGGCAAGCUGAUCAAGACUUAUUCUAGAGAUGACAAAAAAAAAUGAUGGUCAGUACACCUUAUUGUUACUUUUAUAUUUUGUCUUUCCUCGAAGGAGCGCAAGGCAGUGUGGAAGGUCCUUCACACAUCUGGGGGAAAUAGUUUCUCUGGGCACUCAGGAGUGGGGGAACCUGUGGUUCUCCAGAUGUUGCCUGGUUGGUGGUCAGGAAUGAUAGGGGUUUCAGUCCUAAUAGUAUCUGGAGGGCCACUUAUUCACCAUCCCGAUGGUACUUAGUUUUUGUGAUUCUACCUAGAAAUCUAAGUUGUGCUAGGGGCAAGGAGCAAGAGUCCAUCACCCUGCUCUGGCUACUCUUUGUGUCAGCCUUCACCAUAGCUCUGACAACUUUAUUUAUGACACUACAGGCAAUCCAUGGUUUUUUCCACAGGAGUUACUUUCUGGACCCCAAUGCAUGUUGGUGGGGCCCGCGUAAAGCGUUCUGCCCGCCCCCGUUCUGCCCCUUCCCUCCCUGCCCCCGUUCCACCCCCAUUCUGCUAUUUUAGUGAUGUUUUAGGGUUACUUCCUGGUUUGGCCCCGGGCGUAUGUGUGCAAUUGCACAUCCAUCGGUCGUUGCUUGUAUUUGUAGGCCACCCAAUCACCAAGUUCUCUGGAAGAAUUUCAAAUAACAAUAAACACAUUUUAAUACAACCGUAAACCACUGAAACAAAAGAUAUUUAAUGCAGUGUUAGCAAGAUGAUACAGGUGACCAGUUUAUCAUGCAGCUGCAUGCACAGCUUGGUAAACUGCCUCUUGGUAAAUAGUCAUAUGCAUUAAUUAAUUCACUUGAUGUUCCCUAUCGUCCAGCACUUGUUGUGGGGAGGGCAUUAAACUGACAUUUAAUGGAAUGCCAUUCAUGUCCAGCUUUCGUACACCUGUAAGUUACAGAAAGGCAGAACCUACAGGAGCAGUUCUUUACUGACAAGUAUAUGAAUCUUAUAAUCUAUAUUUGUUUGUCGAUAUGCUCAUUUUAAUGGACAGUAAUUUACAGACAUUUGUCUAAGGCCUAUUUUUCACUGAGAUUGUAAAUCUGUCCUGGCUGUAAUCCAUCAGAAUGCAGGUGGGAUCUUCACAUGCACCUUCCUAACAACAGCAAAAAAAAUAAAAAAAGAGCCCACAUGCAAAGACUGAGAAGGCUAUGCUAGAACUCUACAUCUCCCUGACAUGCCAGUUCUCAAGGUGGAGGAAAUUUAUGUGCACUGGAGGAGCAUUCAAUCAUGUUGAGCCCCCCUUCCACCCCUGCAAUCUUGAAGUAGUAACACAGGUUUACCACCUGCAGUGAAAACUGGAUGUGUGUCUCUAGCAGCUGAAUAUACAGAGCUCUGAAAGCAAAAAUAAGACAAAUGAUCACGUGAAAUAUCCCAGCUUUGGCAGUAUGGCGCUAUUUUGUAGCAAGUUCAAGUCACACAGUGUGCAGGAAAUAAAGUAUUCGGAUCUCAGGAUAUGGUGUAAGAUCCAGUGUUAGUCAUACUAACGUUGAUCCAUUGAAAGAAAGGGAUUUGACUGAUGUUCAUUGAUUUCACUCUUGAGUAUGACUUGGUUGGGUAUCACCUGUGGUCUGGAGGCACAUGAGGUCAUCAUCUGGUUGGUGACCUAGGAACCACUUUAUAUGCCAGUCUUUAUAUGCCAAUUGCUCUUUUGUGUGAGGAUGGCUGUUGUGUUUUGUAAUACUUCGUUCUGGCACUUGGUCUCCUGCUUUGCUAGGGUUUAUGAGCAAGACAAGCUGUGCUCUUAAAUUAAGGCAGUAAAUGGAAUGAAAUAAAAACAUAAACAUAUUCCCAUUCAAAAAGUACACAGAUUUAAAGCUAACAUGUUUAGUGUUUUGCUACCAGGCCACAGAAAGAGAACACUGUCUCCAUUUAUGAUUACAAAUUUACUUUUGGCUUCUGUACUGAGAACCAAACUAUACAUGACAUUAAAUGUGUGAAAGCAUUUACUCUGCAUGUUCUGUAUUCACUAAAUAUUGGCUGCAUGGUGAGAAGAAAGAGCAGAAGUGGGGGACGCAGCUUGACUUGUCAUUCCAUCAGGUCUCAAAUGCAAAUGAAGAAGUUGGCUUAUGUUAUCACUGUUGUGGUUUCUUUUCUGUCUCUGUUGACUUUCCUGCUCAUCUAAGUGGAUUUACCAUUUGUCCAGACUCUCAUACAACUGAUUAUGGGAAUGCAUACAAUAUGUCAAGGAUGGGGAAUCUGUGACCCACCAGAUAUUGUUGGGGCAUAAUUCCUGCCAUCUCUGUCCAUUUGCCAUGCUGGCUGGGAUUAAUGAGAGUUGGGAGUCAAUCAACACCUGAAGGGUCACAGGUUCCCCAUCCCUGUGAUAUGGGCAUGCAAAAUGUCCCACUCAUUGCCAUGCUCAAAUUCUGACUCUGUUGACAGACAGAUGUCAAAGCCAUAUCUUUGGAUCAUGUGGAUCAUACUAAGUCUGCCUGUAUUUUUACAGUAAUCACAAAAGUGUGUUGAGAAAUCAAGUAAACAGCACUGGAAAAUAUAUGUUUAAAACUACUAUAUGAUCUCUGUAAACAUGAACAUUUUAAAUUUAUGUUGGAGGCAUUCCCAUAAUUCACUCGAGGGUAUGAUUCAGGGUUUUUGUCAUCAACCAAUGUCUCCUAAUAGUGCAAAAUCUUACUGUAAUUAUAUAUACUAAUAGCAAACUCCUUUGAAUGUGGAUUCUUAGGUAGCCCAAAUUCCACAUAUUUCCAAUCCACACAUGAGAUAUUGGCAGGCUGGGGGGAAUGGGGGAAUUCCAAAGCUUGCAGAAAUACAAAAACAUAAACAAAACAAAACCCAAUAUCUUGGAGGGGAGACAAAAUAUUUGAUGGAGUACGUUUUCCAGUAUGUCCCAACAUGGCCUUUGAGAACAGUGUGGGAGGCCUCUUGGUGGUGAUGCCAAUAAGCCUUACCUGUUUGGUGGUAACACCUGGAAGUCCCCUAAUUAUGGAACUCCCUCCUGUGGAGAUAUGAUUGACAGUCGGAGAAUUUGCCUUCUCAUAGAACUGCUACUGCUUAUUGAAUUGCUUGUACCCUGACAGCUAAUAUGUCACAUUCAACAAAGCUACAAAUCAAGAAAACACAAAACAAAUAUGUUUUUUCCUGUUCAUGCUGAACUUCUUACUGUUGAAUUUUUUCUUUCAUUUGAAAAACAACUUGUUUCUGAACAGUGUUCUUAUGUACUCCUUUUUAACAAGAAAGAAGCACUGAUUUGGGUGCAACUGUGGAUUUGAUGUUUUCAAGUCAAAUGUUAGACGUUUCAUCUGAUAGGAAAAGAAAUUCUAUUUGAAAAAGCUGGAGCAUAUUCUUUUUAUUUCAGUAUUGCUUUGCUGAAAGAUCUUCCCCAAGACUUUAUGCAAAAUUAUGAGCACAAAUUAUUUUUGUGUGUGUACAGUUGUCGUUUACUUUUCAGGUUUAAAAGAAAAGCAUUGUGUUUAUAUGACACUUCAAUGGCCAAGUUGUCAAAGAUGUGGGAUAUACUGCAUUCACCCUAUUAUCUCAAUAAAAACCCUGUGAUUGUUAAUCUGCUAUCAAGAUUCCUUUAGAUCACAACUGCUUAAAAUUUAUUUUGUAUCCCUAUAAAUGAGUUCUUAAGACCAACAUGCUUGAGUGAAGGGGGACAGCAAAAAAGAGUGUGUUGUAGAGAAUAAACAGAAUCAAUAUCAGCAGUGCUCAUACUAGAGUGGGGGAAAUGGAACAAAGCCCUGCAGGCAUAUAAAAGCAGUAAAAGCAAUCGAUGGUCUGUUAAUUUAUAGAAGCUAUAGCUUGCUAUGAGAAAAUAACAGCUAUGACUGAAGGUCAGAAUAGAUGAUUGAGUCCUUGGAGUUUAAAACACAAUUGGUUUUAAAUAUUUCGAGGAAUGAAAAUCCAAAACAGUUCUAAAUUCUUGCUAAACAGAGGAAGGGUGUGUUUACAGAGUCUGAAAUAAAUACUAUAUAUUGAGACAGAAGCAUCAGCAUAUGACUACGUUGAUCAUUAUCUGGUUUUAAUAUUCCAGGAAUAUGGUCUGAUGUGGAGAAUCAUUCAAGUGGGAUAUGUGUAAGAAUAGGUAAGGAUAGAAACACUGUGGUUAGAUUUGGCUUUUAGGGUUAUCACAGAACAAUACUGGGAGGCCCAGUAUACACAUAGGGUGGGAAUGUGAACCCUUUAGGAGAGAGGAAUAAUUCCCAGUAUGAAACCAUGUAGCCUACAGACUGGUUCUCCGCCUUCAUCAUUUGAAAGGAUUGCUGAAGUCUUGGCAAAAGACUGAAGUUGUGAUAGUGUGUAUAUUUCUCCUGUUGUAAGCCUUUGUGGGGGUCUUACAUCUGGGACUUUGGGGCCCAGUGUGCCACAGUACCUGCACCACUUGGGCUAAUUGCAUGCAAAAGGAAUGAUGAACCAAAUCUUUUGCUCUACAGUUCAACUUCUGCAAAUGGCUGGGCAGUGUGCUUCAGCUUUCAAGCCCAACAGGGUUAGGUGUCCUGAUGAGCCAAUAAUGGCCCACCUGGCUUGGCCCUCACUCCUUGGUCUUGAGACUGAGCUGCUGUAUUCUGUUUGGAAGCCCUACUUCCUCGCUGCCCUGACACGUCUUUAGGAAAGCUAAUAGUCUCCAUCCUCCUCAAAAGAGUGAAAAAUAUUAUACAGUGGUACCUCGGGUUACAUACGCUUCAGGUUACAGACUCCGCUAACCCAGAAAUAUUACCUUGGGUUAAGAUCUUUGCUUCAGGAUAAGAACAGAAAUCGUGCUCCGGCGGCGCAGCAGCAGCAGGAGGCCCCAUUAGCUAAAGUGGUGCUUCAGGUUAAGAACAGUUUCAGGUUAAGAACGGACCACCAGAACGAAUUAAGUACUUAACCCGAGGUACCACUGUAUAGGCUUCACCUUUCAUUUCUCCACUGAUAGCAGAAACUAUUCCCCCUCAUCAGCUGUAUGAUUUCAUUAUAUUGUCAAUCCAUGGUAUAACAGUUUUAAAAGAGUGUAAUGAUAACUGUGUGAAUUUGUGGGGCAUAGUGGGAGGAAAGCACCCAAAAGAAGUGUGCCUCUGUUGACCUACAAAAUGAAUGAAUGACAAUUUGACCAUAAAUAAGUCAGUCUUCUAAGACCAUAGCUUUGACAUACUUUGGCGCGCACAGUUCUUUGGAAGAGCUCUUUUCUUUAGGAGUCAGUUUACAGAUAGGGUAUCAUGUAACUUGACCUGCAAUGGAGAUUUCUAUCCCAUCUUUAAACAAGCACAAGAGAGAGUUUUAAUUCCCGUUUUGCACAGCUGUACAGUUGCACGUGUUUCGAACCGACACAACAUCUGAUUCACAGAGACGUCUGGUAGCUGAUUUAUGGUUUUGCUUACACACAAUUCCAAGAUUCAAGACACAUACAGUAUUCUCAGGACGAGUAGCCCUAGGAGAAAUUUCUGUUGAAGUCUGCACCUGUUCAAGCAGCACAUGUCAGCAUGAAAUACAGUCUAGUUGUAUGGUGAAGCAUAGGAGGGGAGCAUAGUAAGUUAACUGCUGUAAAAUACAAUAUUGCAUUCUUAUGACAGUAAGACUUGGAUGUCUAGAGAGCUUAAAAUUAACUCCUGAUUUAAAUGCAGCAGAUGCUGCUUUGAAGUCAAUUAAAUAUAUUUUAGAAAGUUUCCUAAAAAGUGAGUGCAUUGAUAUACAUCAUCUAAAGACUGGUGUGUGCGUUUACAAAAUCAGCUAGUUGGCUUUAACAGUUGCCUCCAUCAGGAAUUAUUUCUUAAAUCGAUGUGCAGGUCAAAUUCAGUGGUAAUAGGACACUGUUGUUAAAUAGGUACAAUAUUUCACUUUUUAACUUAUAUAAUUCUUGCACUUGGUUUUUUUCACAGUGUGAUCUUUUUUCUUUUUAAAAAAUAGGCCCCAGCCUUUGGUGGCAUUUGCAUCAAUUGAUGUGGCUUUCAAUAAAACCAGCUCUUUUUCCCCCAGGGGGUACUCAAGAAUAUGCAGUACCGGCACCUUGUUGUUGUUGCUGUUGUUGUUGUUGUUGAAAAGUGUUGCACUUACUGUAACAACUUUGUGGUGAGUACUAGCACCUAUUUUUCUAGAUAAAAAAGCAGUGAAUAAAACAAAUAAAAUACAUAAAGCAGCAACAUAUGAUGGAUGCAAGUUCAGCAACAAAAAAUAUUCUAAAAUGAGGGUCUACCAAAUUUGUAAAAAGCUUCUGUCCUGCAGACAAAUGCCUGCUGAAAGUUUUAACUGGGUGGUAAACAAUUGGAAGGCUGAAGGGGCUCUAGGUACUAUUCAAUAAUCUAGAUGAAACCACAGAAAUGGCCUCUUGCCCCCAACCAAUUGUGCCUCAGCCAUGAGCAGGAGGGGGAUUGCAGUCAAUUACAGUGGUACCUCGGGUUAAGUACUUAAUUCGUUCCAGAGGUCCGUCCUUAACCUGAAACUGUUCUUAACCUGAAGCACCACUUUAGCUAAUGGGGCCUCCUGCUGCUUCCGCGCCGCCGGAGCACGAUUUCUGUUCUAAUCCUGAAGCAAAGUUCUUAACCCGAGGUACUAUUUCUGGGUUAGCAGAGUCUGUAACCUGAAGCAUAUGUAACCUGAGGUACCACUGUAUUCCAAAUCUAAGCCAUUUAAGGCUUAAAAAGUAAUCACCAAUUCUGAAUUGUGCCCCCAACAGUGCAACUGUUGUGGAACAGGUAUGCAUGCAGGUCUCACUAGCUGAACUCAAAGCCUUAUCCAGAAAAUCAUUUGUUAGGCAAGCAUUCGCAUAAUGAGUCAAAAAUUUCCAUUGAUUCCUCUGGGGAAAUUUCCCAGCCACAGAAUUUUGCCCCCAAAGUGACAAAAAUACCCAUGAAAACCCUCUGAAACCUUGCAAAAAGGCAAACAAAGAAAGAACAAAUGCCUAACUUAUCCUCUGCCCCUUUGCAAUGGGAGAGAGAGAGUUGGCCAUAGUGAAUAUGGAGACCCAGCCAUUGAUUUCAGUGGCUGGAACUUAUUUCAGCUAUUUAAAAUGGUCACUUGAGGAUUUGGAAAUGAUUCAAUGCCAUUUAAACUAGUUUUGAAUCCCUGAGCAAAAGUGCAGGUUUCCAUUUAUUGUUUGUUAGUGGGUGGGGCACGUUUGCCAUUGCAGGUUAAAAUUUUGAGGGGGUAAAUAAACAUGUCAUGAAAGUCAUCCUUGAACAUCUUCAAGUUGUGCUAUUUCAGAACUUUGCUACGUAGGAUAAACUCUUCCUUAAAUGAAGAGAUCUGCAGGCUGUGUUGCUCUUUGGUAGGUAAAAUUCUCAUUUAAUUAUAAGUCUGAACCCAGGUUAAAAAAACACAUCUAAACAAAAACACAACAGAUUUAAACUGUUUACCAUUUCAUGCGUUUUGGGCAAGCAUUUGCAGUGUGGUCAUUUCAUAUGAAUUCUCCACAGGGCAACUGCAACAGAGCCACAUAUCAGUUUCUUCUUAUUUGUGCACCUGCACAAUGCAACACUGGGUUGUGAUAGUGACAUGACAAAAUGCAGACUUUUUUCUUAAAGUGUAAAAAGUGGAAGUGAGGGGAAGAAACCUCAGCCUUGUCCCCUUACAGUUAGGUAAGCCAAACACACACACUGAAAUUAACAGAAAUCUCUCUUCUUCAUGCUCUCAAAAAAGCAAAUGAAAACCUUCCCCUUGCAGGGAGGAGUCUGGAGAUAACAGACGAGACUGAAAAAAUGGGAAGGGAGUUUCAGUUCACUGUUAAAUUUCAUACCCCUCGUGAUGGGUGUGGAUGCAUUGAAAGGACACAAGUCACAGUGCUUUUUUCAGGGGGUACUCAAAGGUAUGAAGUACCCAGACCUCUUUUUUGUUGUUAAAAAGUGUGGCACUUACUGUUACAAUUUCAUGGUGAGUAGAGCACCUAUUUUUCUAGGGGGGAAAGCAGUGACAGGUCACAUUCCCAGAAGGAAUACAAAAAAAGAUGGUUGGAAGUGAUAAUCUCCACUAAACUCAGGUGAAAUGUUUUAAAUCCAAGGGAUUGUUUUCUUUCCCUGUCUGAUGAUGCUCUGCAACUCUGUCCUGAUGAUCUAUGCUGCCAAUUUACCAUUCUUUUCCCUAGCCAUAACAGAGACUUCCGCUGCGCUAACACUAAACCAAAAAUUCUAUCUCAAUAAGCCAGAACAUCCUCUAACAGCAUCUGCCCACUGGUGGCCCAUUUCCUAAUGUUUUGUUCCUUUACAAGUUGUUGUUGCUGCUGCUGCUGCUGUUGCUGCUGCUGUUAAUUCAAUUCAUUGCCCACCUUUCAACAUCCUGUCCCAGGGCAGGUUACAACAAUUUAAAAUUCAGUAUUGAAACUAUUGAAACAAAUGGUGUGGAUGACUGAAAUAGUAGAUUAGAAACAUUUGAACAGGAAAACACUUUCCCUUUAGUUAAGAUGAGAAUUGUCUUCUCUGGUUAUACAACUAAGUACCAUUGUUAAAUGGUGCUGUAACAAAGACAAGCACCGUAUGCCAUAAAAGGGAUAUUUUUUUUAAUGGGUAACAAAAUUAUGUACUUGUAAUAAUGGGUGAACCUCCCCCCUCCAGGCUGAAUUUGGAAUGGGCUGGCCUAAUUGGUCUUAUUUAUGGAAAAUAAUUCAUUUCAUUUUUUAACACAAUACAGACCCUGCCAUGACCCACACAAUGUUAUCUGUAGUGCAGCAGGGCCAAAACACCAAAUCCAGUUCUGCUGAGCUUUUCUCUGCCACCCUGUUUCCUUCUCAAAAGCCACCCAGGCAGCACUGAUAGGGUUGUUUUGCAAGAGGCCUUUUGGUGAAACCUCCAUUUCUACCUGCUACCUUGAGCACCAAAACAAUAGUGUUGAAAGGCACCAAGGACCAUGGGCAAUGUAGUUUCCCAUCAGUGCACCUGAGCUCCUCAUGCCCAUUGUAAAUAUUUAGAGGUUCUGGCAAGUUACAUUUCCCAGGGCUCCAGAUACCUGGGAAGCUGAUGUUUCAGUGUUCAGUAUUCUAGGGAGGAAUGGAGGCUUUCUGCAAAGGCUCCCCAUUAUUGUGCAAGGUAGGCUUUGCAUAAGGGAAGGGGCUGGCUGAGUGCUGGUUUUCAUGAACUCAUAUAGCAAAUUGUGCUGGUCUAAUGGUGUUGUUCCUGCCAACCUAGCGGUUCAAAAGCGCGUCAGAGUGCAAGUAGAUAAAUAGGUACUGCUCCGGCGGGGAGGUAAACAGAGUUUCCAUGCGCUGCUCUGGUUUCACCAGAAGCGGCUUAGUCAUGCUGGCCACAUGACCCGGAAAAACUGUCUGUGGACAAACGUCGUCUCCCUUGGCCAGUAAAGCGAGAUGAGCGCCGCAACCCCAGUUGUUCACGACUGGACUUAACUGUCAGGGGUCCUUUACCUUUUUUGAAAAUGGUGUUGUGGGGUGGAGGCUCAUAUCUUCCUAGCAACUGAGUUGUUGCUUGAUACUGAGAAGCAGGCAAGGCAGCAGAGAGGCCACCAGUUUAGCCUUCCUGCUGCUGCAUUUACACUGUGCUGACUUGCCUUCCAGGAGAUCAGAAAAGCACCUCUGCCCCAUCAUGCUAUCCACUUCUGGUGUUAUGCUUACAUUUUGCCAUUCAGCAUCUUCACAAGUCAUCAAAAAAGCUUCCUCUCUUUUAUUGAAUCACACCAAGUAUCUAACUAAGUAAUUUUGUUACGCUUUCUAAGGGUGGAACUAGACACUUGUAUUUUCACUGCUUAAAUGCUUCUGUUUAGUAAGAACAAAUCAUCUUCUACUGCCUAUGUAGCAGAAUUCCAGCUAUAUAGAGAAUAGGUUAUUUGUAAGUUCUGGCCAUGCAGUGAGUCUAGCAUAGUUUACCUGCACUCUUUCAGAAAUGUGUGGAAAUGUAGGGUGCUAGCUGAUGCUGCCUUUAGCAGAGAGGGAGCCAUGGCAGUAUGUCUCCUCCUAAUGAAUUGCGAUAAUGUUGGAAGUCUAGUCAUGCAGGACUUCACAGUGUGGUGGUCAUUGUUGAUUUGGCCAUCAUUGCUCUAGUGUCCCAAGAAUAUCUGUUCUGAUAUGGGAAGGAAUUUAAUAAUGGACACCUUCCCACAGGAUUACAGGCUUCCAGUGUACCAAAUGGUGAGGGCAAAAACUGCCAGUUGCACUCCCAAUUACUCAGAAAAGAGCUCCAAUGUCCUGUCCAGAUUAUUCGCAUUAGACUUUUCUAAGCACUGACUGUGCAGGCAAUCAUCACCUCCUUCCACCCAAUGUUGGCUCCCCAGAGUUUCCGAAAUGUAAUUUGGUCUUGCAAAUCAGUGGGCAGAGUGUGAUUUAUUAGCAGUACAAGCAUAGAAUCCCUAAUCUCCUCUUGUGGUCUCAACAUCCACUUAUCUUUCCUCAGCCACAAAAAAGCACAAUAUACUUCCCACAAAUGCUUGAAACUAACGCAACCUGCACUACCAUUAGUGGUACUCUGAGGAGAACGUCAGUGGCAAACAAUAUCCAUCUCCUCUCUCUCUCUUUUGCCUGCAAAAAGCUGAAGUAGCACAUGAUAACAUACCAAAUAUUAAAUAUGUUUAUUUGCCAACAAAAAGCGACCUCAGCAUUUGAAUUAUUGUAUUGUUUCUUUACCCCUCUCCCAUGUUAUUUGUUAAGUUAAAGGGCUACAUGUGAGUACAGGUGCAUAUGGAUAAGUCUCUCUCAUAUAUACUAUACCUCAGUGCCAGAUGAGAGAAUCUAGGUUCAAACAAAGAGUGAAAUUACACAACCUUAUUCUUGUCAUGUGGGGGGGGGGGGUCGUGUCACACACAACAGUUUUCAGCUUUCUUAAUUAUGUGGCUGCAUAAUUUGCUUUCACCAUACCAUGUGCUGUUUUCUAGAUCUGGAUUAAACACUCCAAAUACAAUCCUCACCCCUCCCCCGCUUGCAGUAUUUGAUUGGUCUUCAAGUCAAGGUAGCUUUCAUUGAAAUUCUUGCUUAGUUUAGAGUUAAUUUUUCUGUGUCACAUACACAUAUAUACAUACUGUGCAUUUUUAUGUGUGUGUAUUAUAUACAUGCAGUUUGCAUAUGUGUGUGUCUUUCUAUAUCAUAUUUAUUAUAUAGGAUUCAUUACAUCAUUGUUAUACCCUGUCCUUCCUCCAAACAGCAGCUAAUAUCUUAAAAGUUUACAUAACAAUACUAUUAAAAACAUAAGAUAACCACAAAACCAAAAAAAGUAUUUAUCAACCAACUUCGUCUAAGUCCCUAAAACCUGGACAAAAGUUUUUAUAAUUUGCCUGAAUAUUCCUAAUAUGAGGUCAUCAACUAAAACUCACCUGGCAGGGAUUUUCAUAUGUGACAUGUGUGUCUGUCUGGUUGGCAGUCCGCAAAGCUGGCAUCCAAAGCUGUGGUGAAAUAGAUAGUUUAAUUCCAGGUAAGGGAUUACAAUUAUCCUCGAUUAAUUAUGCUCCUAUUUUAAAUAUUCAGUGUUUUGGGGGGUUGUUUUUUAAAACAACAACAGCAACAACAACAACAUAUGCUCUUGGCUCUUGGGCAGUCAGUUAGCUCAGGAACAUCCUGUACCGUCUGUAUUUGGCUAAGGCAAGGGAUAAGUCUUUACUCCCCCUCAGUCCAGAUAAGCUCCAUUAGUUCAGUUGCAGAGUCAGGUUUACCACUUGACUGAAGAAGGCACUGACUUUUCUUUUUAUGGUGCAUCUGUCUUCAUCCCAAGUGCAACUUCUUAAAUAUAUGUAAUGGUUUGUCCUUUCUGAGUUCCCAAAGCCCAAAAUAAUUUGGAGUUGAGUUUUGGUUGGAGCAGGGUUAGACUCCCAUAAACUCCAACCACCACAGCCAGGGGUAAUAGGAGGGCAACAGGUUCUCUAAAUCCGGGCUAGAGCUGUGCUGAAAUGUUAGCAAUACAAUCACUGUCCUGAAGCCAAAAAACAAGAAGAGAAGACUGGCAGGCAGCCCUCAGACCAAAUCAUAUACAGAUACAGGAAAUACAGGUGUGUGUAUUUAACCCCACUGUUAAAAUUGGGUUUACAUUCUGGGGGGCCCUGUGCAUAAGCAAAAAUCACAUAUUUGGAGAGCACCCUCUAAAAAGCCUCUAAAUGCUUAUUUCCCCCCCUGCUCUCCAGUGUUCUCUCCCACUCUCUCUCCACUUCAGACCAAAAUAACUAGAGUUGAAGCUCUGGGGUCUGCUGGAGGUUGGAAGAUGCUCCUCAUGUAUCAGCUGAUAGGUGGGAAGGCUGAGCAGCCUAAACAAAGCUCUGCUGUGCCUCCUGUCUCUUUGGGGCUUCCUCCUCCCGCACUGACAUACCCUUUGGGCUCCGGAGAGGGUCUCCUUGUGAGCCACGAGGACACUCUAGCUCUCUCCUGCCCUUUCUUGGUGUGGUUCUAUUUAUUUCCCAGCGCCAUUUGCAUAUGUGGUUGCGUGCAAAUGUGGGGAUACCUGUAUGGGAUGGGAAUGGGAAAAUGAUAAAGCGCUGGUUCCCGAGUGCACUCUUGCCCCAACCCCGACAUUAAACUGGAGCAGUCAGAUGUGUCCACUUCGUGGAAUCAUAGAAUUGUAGAGUUGGAAGGGUCCUCCAACCCCUUACAAUGCAGGGAUCUUUUUGCCCAACGUGGGGCUCAAAACUAUGACCCUAAGAUUAAGAGUCUCAUGUGUUUACCACUUGAGCUAAGAUCAUGCCUCACUGAAUUCCUCCUGCGUUCCCAUGUUGUGCAUGAUCCUGUAGGUCCUGAGGAAGUGUGGAGGGUGAGAAACAGUGCAAGGGUGUUUUCUUCAGCUUUCCACUGCCUCUGCUUGCUGAAGAGAGGUCUCAUUAGGGCUCACUGAGACCUAGUAAGGAAAGUGGCAACUUCCCACCCACCAAAAAGUUUUAAAGAGCAGCAAAAAAUUCAGGGGAGAAUGUUUUUCGAGAACUGCAGGGUGGGACAGGAACAGCCUCAGGUUUGGCACUGAUGCAUUUUCCGCCGUUUCAACACCCUAAACUGUCACUUGGAAUAUAUCAGUGAUACUGUGAUACUGUUAUCGCUUGCUCUUCUUACUGUGAUGUGUGUUAUGAUUCCUUUUGCUGCUUCAUAAGUUCCUCAAGACUGGAGCAUCUUUAUGUUGUGCCCUCUGCAAGGCUUCACAUUGUCCAUGUGUAAUAACAAAGCAUAAUUCAGUACUUGGAUCUUCACAACAGCCCUCAUAAUAGUGAGCAAAUGCAUUCUGUAGCAAUUGCCUUCCUUUGACAACUGUGUCAUCCCUUAGUGAAGAUUGGUAUAUAGAGUUAAUUCACUGCUGUUUCCUAAUCCACUAAUUAGAAUUGAUGUGACAGGUUCUCCUGCCUCUGUACUUUAAGGAAUCCCUACAGCCUGAUCUCUUCCAAUCUGAUUUUGCUUAAGCUCAUUUUCCAGGUUGCCAGUUCAAUUUCUAACAGACUGGCAGUGUGUGAUAUUUCUAGUUAAAAGAAUGUUGUUUCUCUCUUGGUCCUAAUUGUAAAGGCUUCCAUUUUGUGUUUAAUUCUCUGGAUGAUGCAUUGAGACUUUCUCCCUAAUUCAUUAUCUCUGAUACUUGCAAACUGAUACUUCCCACUUUUUUUUUAAACUUCCCUUUUUAAAAAGGUUUAACUUGGCUGGCCCACAUCCAUCCAUUAGAAAUGCGCAAGUAACACUGAACUUUCCUUAGCACAAUUGUUGGGCUAUUUGUAGAAAAAGGAGCAGUUUUACUAGUGGCAUUUAUUGGUUUCUAAAGAAUAAAUCCAGCAGAGCCAUUUAGUUAAUAGCAAAAUUAUGUUUAUGAGAGACUAUAAGCAGUGCCUUUCUGGAUGAGACGGAGGUCUAACUCAGCCAGUAUUCUGCUUUCUUAGCAGCCAUCCAGAUACUUCAAGAUGCUCUUGAGUCAGCCAUGAAGCAAAGUAAUUCCUGGCUGUCUAGUUGUGAGGCCUGUAAGUUAAGAAUGCAUUCUUAUAAUGACCCAAGGGCAAAGCGAAGGUUUGCCUAUUGCAGUGAUCUCAUAGUAGAACUGUAGCAGGGGCAGAGAACCUCUGGCCCUCUAGAUGUUGUUUGACUACAACUCCCAAAAGUCUGCAUGGCCCAAUGGUCAGGGGUGAUGGGUGCUGAAAAAUAUCUGGAGGGUCACAGGUUCCCUCUGCCUGCUUUUGCAAUUGCUCUCCCUGGAGUUUCUGAGGCUAAUUUGUUCCCAUUAAGAUGGACUGGUAUCUCCCAGUGUAGCAUUUCACCAUAACUAUGAAUGCCAGCCUUUAGGUUAUAUAUGAGAAUGUAAAAUAUACAGCAGUUAAACUGACCAUACAUAGGGAAGCAGCAAGUUUUGUCUCCCCACAUCUGCAAACAGCAGCUGCUUGGAUUUGCCUCAUCCGUCUUAAUGGGAAUGAUUAAAAAUGAGCCCACACUUUUCUGCAUAGUCAAAACUGGGGCACACGUCUUCCAAGACAUGCUGCUGGGAGAGUCACACGGCCUGCACCUCACUCUCACCCAAAAUGGCCACCGAGAUCUCGUAAGAAAAAAUGGGGUGUCCUGCCUUGUAUUCCGUUUCUUAGUUACACUUGAGUGUGAUGCUAUAAAUUCUAGGCUAUAGGGCAACCCCCAGGAUACAAAGUCUGCCCAUCUUCACACUGCCUAAGUUUUAAGAUAGUGAACGGUUUGCUUGGGAAGAGAUGUUCUGUUUCUCUGAUCCGUUCUGCUGUGUGGCAGAGAGCUGAUUGCAUCACAUUCUUUGUCUCUCUUAUUUAUUUACAGUAUUUCAGAAAUACAAUGCAUGUAAAGAGAAUUGACCUUGUUAGAAUUAAGGAGCAAUUGUUUGGCAGCACGUCCAGGUGUCUCAUUAAACAAUAGGUUUCUGUUUGGUUUAUAUGCUGAUUUGCCCUGUAUGUGUUAUUAACUGUUAAAUAACAUUGCAACUGAAGGAGCAUUUUACAGGUGCGAGCAAAGGUAUCCCAGGCUCUCUGAGAAGCUUCUGAUGCAACCUCAACAUACCUCUCUAGCUCAAAUUAAAAUCCAAGCUAGAGAAUAACUUCUGGCUCUCCCAGCCAGCCAGCCAGCCAGCCACCCCAAUCCCCGAAACAUCCUCUUCCAUUCCCUCUCCAUUUACUGGGUGGCAGAACAGGUGUGCCCCAGCCAUGAAAAGAAAGAAAGGACCAAGUUCAGAUCCCACUUUUCUUUCUGAAAUUAUGGGAAACAGCUCAGUUUCAUUCUUCAUCAAUCUGGUUUGGGGUGGGAAUGAUCUUGCCCAACACAGUCUUUCUCUCUUUUAAAAAAAGCACAUUUCAUUUCUUCAAAAAUGCAUGGGCCUAUUUCAGUGGUUCAGUAUGCUGUAGUGGUUAGAGUGCUGGACUAGGACCUGGGAGACCAGGGUUCAAAUCCCCACUCAGCCACGGGGCUCACUGAGUGACCUUGGACCAGUCAGUUUAUUUCAGUGUAAAUGACUUCAUAUGGUUGUUGUGAGGAUGGAAUGAGGAGGGGGAGAUUCACACCUAUUGCCCUGAGCCCUCUUUGGAGGAUAGGUGAGCCAUAAAUGUAAUAAUAAUACAAGUAAAUUAAAUACAUUGAAAUAUUUGUUUGCCAUUCAAGUUUGUAAGGAGUACUCAAACUACAGCUUUCCACCUUGGGUAUCAUGGCAAACUGAAUUGGCCAAAUAGGUAGUACUGCAGUAAGCUGAGCUUGAAAGGAAAAGAAAGUGACCGGGGAGAGGGGGGAGUAAGUGGCAACAAACAUGUGGCUCAUUCAGAAAUAUGACGUCUGAAGUAGGACAUCAGUCUCUCAAAGUCCUGUCAGCCAUAUUCUCUCCAUAUUGCAGAUGAGGAUGUGAAAAGUUGAUAGAACAGUGACUCGCAUAAGGCCAUUUGAUAGGGUUUGUGACGGAAGUGAAAUUUGAAUCUUGUCCUGCAAAGAUCACAUCUCUCAGACUUGGUAUAUACUGCUCAGGCUGUAAAUAGCAGCAUAAUGUUAGAAUCAGGGCAUAAUCUAAGGAUAAGGUUGCUCCUUGGAUGCAUAACACAUUAUCUUAGCAUACUACAAAAUUAAUUGUUGACUGUGGGUUAACUGAGAAAACCAGAAGCAUAUGUGGUGAUCUAUGUGGAGCUAUGCUCAAAUGAAGACAUUUGAUGGGAUCUGCUCAUGUUCCUGUCCAGAAUUAAUCGGUUGCAGCUAGAUUGGUGUUGGCUGUAAUUGUUUUGGAAUUAAUCAAAAUGGUGUAUUAAUGAUUAACCAGUGCCACUGAGGGUAGGACCGAAAUAUUUCACCCCUUGCUGUCAACUACCUAUUGCAGAUAGAAGUUUAUACAUAUGGAAGUUUGCAAAGCACACACAACACCAGGCGGUGCAGGUAAGAUUAACUACAUUCAAGGGUCUACUAAAAUAUAUCCUGUGUAAAUAAUGACCUAAGUAAUGGGAUCUUGUCUAGCUUAUACAGCAAAGAUUCCUUAGAAAGAUAUGUGUGAAGAAUGCCCCAAGUUUGAUAGGCCUUUCAACAUAAAGAUGCAACUGUAUAGAUAUACUCAUCAGUAGUCCCACUGACAUCAUUGAGCUUUAUAUGUUCCUUAUGGACUGUUUUCAGAUGACUAGCAUGCUUCCACAUGCAUGAAGAUUCCACCUGCUAUAUUCAGCACCUAGCCAGAAGAGAAAUUGUUUUGAACUAAGUUUCUGCACUAUGAUAGUUCCUUAUACAUAUUAUAAGCCCACUGAUAACAAUGGUCCUGCCUGGCUUUGGACUGGAGACAUUACAGCCUCAGGUUAGCGGACAGUAAAACUGUGCAUAAAAUUUCAUAUCUGUGGAUACAUACCAAAUAAAGAAUAUAUAAGCUAAAGCUUUGGCCUUUUAAAGGCUAGAGAACACAGAAAGUUUGUUGACUUUCCCCCAGUAGAAUUCCAGAUCUUCCUAGUGUUCCUAUUUUCCAGCGACAUCUCUGAUUUAGUGAAGUCAUCCCAGUUUCUGAUUUGAUCCCACUUUUCCUUAGGAUGUCCCUAUUUUUAUUGGAGAAAUGUUGGAGGGUAUGGAGUUAUCCGACCCCUGAGCCAUCGGAAGCCAAUCUUGUAUAGGGAAGUCUUUUUUAAAUGCUUAAUGUUUUAUUAUGUUUUUAUAUAUGUUGGAAGCUGCCCAGAGUGGCUUGGGCAACUCAGUAGGGUGUGUGGGGUAUAAAUAGUAAAUUUAUCAUUAUGGAAUGGGACGUCCCUAUUUUAACAGAGAACUAUUGGAGGGUAUGGAAUUUUCUUAAUUUUGCAGUGGUGUGGUGACUGUGAGUUAAUAGUUGAAUAUACAUUAAGAAGAGAUAACACAUCUUUCCUUUAUCAGGAAAGAGCAUUGCUUCUGAGUGAUGAGUUCCUCCAGUUUAGAUAACUUACACAGCGGCGUAGCGUGGGUUGUCAGCACCCGGGGCAAGGCAAGUAAUUUGCGCCCCCUAACCCGGGGCAAGGCAAGUAAUUUGCGCCCCCUAACCCCUAACCUGCCACGUCAGGUGAUCUGAGGCGAGUUGCCGCUGGCGCUGCCGCCCAAACGACGCCGCUUGCCCGGAGGCGGAGGAGGGCAGAGAGGUGAGGAAAAUGCAACAUGGCCCAGCAGCUGCAGCAGCAGCUGCAGCAGCGGCGGCGGCGGCGGGGCUGUGAGGAGGGGCUGCCUGGCGCGCCCUCCGCGGCGAGCGCUGAGAGCCGCUGCCAGCUCGUUGGUUCCGCGAGACAUGGGACUCUGCUACAGCCUGCGCCCGAGGCUCUUCGGCGACUCCGGGGGCGGCGAGCGCGCCCCCCCCAGAUGUUGCGCCCGGUGCGGCCGGCCCCCCUUGCACCCCCCACGCUACGCCACUGAACUUACAGCACUUUAUGUUGACACGAAGAAAGCAUUCAUUUGAAUUUCAUUCCGUCUAAUUUACAAGAAGAAGAAAAGUCCCAUCGCCAUGUUGUUUGUCUGUGCUCUGGAAGGCCAAUUUUUGUUUUGUUCCAUUUCUCCCCAAAAGCAGUAACUCUGCUCAUGAAGAAUGCCUCCAUAUACAUCAGUGGCAUUGUUAACCAAAUGGUAGCAUGUAAAACUUGACGAUAGAAAUGUACUGCUGCUUCCUGUGAGAGGGAGGCAUUCUGGAUAUGCUUGAAGCAUUUUUCGUUGAGGUGAAGCCCUUGCAGGGCUGUCAGUGGGAUAUUUGGCUUCAGCAUUCAAAAUGUCUCAGGCCACCUUGGGGCUGUUUCAUUUACAGGAAACUGUUGGGUGGGGGGCUACCUGGACUGCGAGAAUGAUUUUAAGCACGAUCCCCUCUGCUCAGUGUGAAUAAUGUAAUGUGCAGUUUGGCCCUAAGCGGGUUGUGGCUAGUGCACAUGUGCACACAUAAACAACAUAGAGCCGCCCCUCAAUUGUAAAAUAGGCGCAGUGAUUUAGGAGGGAUGGGUACCAGAAAAAUGAGGACAGCAUGGAUGUAUGAGUUUGUAGCUCAGCAGAGCUUGAUUUCUAAAAUUCACCCUGAACACACUUGGAUGUCUACCCCUCUGAAAUUCGACAGCCUAGGUGAUUUCUUUUCAUUGGCAGCACACACUGCAGCACACAGAACAUUUUGUAGUUCUGAAUGGCUCGUAUAUAAUCCUUGUCACCUCGCACCUAUCUUUUCUUCUCUCCUUUGUCCUUUUUGGGUCACUAGCAGCAAUAGCCAGUCAUCUCUUACUUUGAUCCAUCUUUCUGAAUUGCCUCUAAGGCAGACCUGGGAUCCACCAGGGGACUAAAUGAUACGUGGCAUUGUUAGCCUGGCACUGCCUUCAGGGUUUAUAAUAAAAAGCUCAUUUUUAGGUGCCCCAUGCCAUGUUUAUAGCCUGAACACGGUUGCUUGCAGUUAAAUGACUUUUUUAGACUUCCUGAUUUCACAUUUAAGAUCCAAAUGUGCAAAUACUGACUUAACACAAUAUUACCAGGCAUUCUACACAGCCCUGAUCCUCUACCCGGACUUUGACAUUCCUUUUCAGAGGGAACAAUGGAUGCUUUUCUGCAAGAUGGCAAAAUGAUCUCCCUUUUACUCCGAGGCCUAGUUCUCACAAAUAGUAGACAAGGCAACUGACCUGUUUUCUGAACUGUUCUACUUAGAUGAGGGAAUUUAUUUAUUGAUUGGUAUGUUAUACCUGCACAUAGAAAACUGAUAUGUCAAGACAGAUGGCUUCACUAAAAUCCUCCCUGGUAUCUACUUUUCUGAGUGCAAGGAUUUUUUAUAUAUAGAGGAGCAUUUAAUCUUGUGAGCUAUCAUUUGCAGUCUGAAGUAAUGCAUUUGAGAAACAGGUUGGCCACCUUAUUGUUCAUUGUGCCUUAGUUAUGGUAACAAAGGUCCAGAUUCCUUGAAUAUGUCCUUUGAAACAAAUCGUCCAUCCCAUUGCUAAGUAGAAUAAGCUUUUGUGAUUUCCCGACAUCUGCUCCUUUUCUUAUCACCCACAGCUUUGAGUGUGAAGCCAAAUAAGUGGAUGCAGAAGGUACUUAAUAGAGCAUUCAGCAUUCCCUCCUAAUAGGGAAAACCUCUGUUGUACUUGUCUGGAUGAGAGACAGAGGACAGGAGAAAGGGAACCAGAGUGCUAAACUAUGGGUGGGAUACCUCUGGACCAAACUUGCACCCAUCCUCUACCCAAGCUGAGGAGGAGAGAGAUGACAGCAUAAUCAGUUGGGCUGCCUUCCGUCUAAGGAAGGAUGCCUUUGAAAGUGGGGAUCAGUGCACCUGUCAGCAACCUAAUCUGCAACUUCAAAGCUUCCCGCAGCUUAGCACCUUCCCAUCUGAGAAGAGAAAUGAAAGUGUUCAUUGGGCCAGCUCCCAGCUAACCUGAUCUCAGCUAUCAAAGCUGUCCCUACAGAAAAGAUCUAUUGGGGUCCCCUGAUUGUUACCCCACCCUCAGACAUGUAUUCAAGGAAAUUACAGGAGUGAAAACAUGCUAUAGAUGACUGCUUUGGUAAAUGGUUCCCAUGGCAUCUGUGGAUACCCACCAAUAUUUUUUCUCAGGGGGAAAUAGUUAUUAUUGGUCAAAUUCUUUAAUUCAGUGCUUCAAUGUAAUUUAACAUAUCAUGCAAGGGGGAGAAGGCGUUUGCAUAUUUGGGAAAAAUAUAUUAAGAAAUGAAGGUUGUCAUGGAAGGCUCAGAGGACACCAGUCUGAAAGCUAGAAAAUAACUUUAUUAUUUUUCUUAAACAAGAAUGUAUCAGGAUGUUACGGAAGUUGGGUCCUAGCCCAACUCUCUGCCAAGUGGUAGCAAGAUUCCAGGGGGCUCCUGGCACUCACCCAAAGGAAUCUGUGUUCCUUUGGAGAAUGGAGACACAGCAGAGACUGUUAUAGCUUUAAGAAAUAUGAUUUAUUCAUAUAUUUACACCUUCAGUCUGCAUGGAGGGAGUCCGAAUCUUACAGCAAGAGGGGCUUGUUCCUCACAGCAGUGCAGCACUGGAGUUAAAGGCAUCUCUCCCAGCCUUCAGCCAGCCUGCUCAAGAUGGAUCCCAGUCUUUUUUUUCUCCCUCUUCUCAGCACACCUUGCUCUAAAGUCUCUUUUUCUCCUGUCACUUGAAAUGCACACCCCACCACCAUGGCAACCUCUAUCUGCCCAGGCCCAAGAUUCUUCCUAGAUGGACCAUCAAACCUUUUUGUCAUGUUAAUGCCUCUAUCCCACGUGAGGCACUGGCUUAGAAAGGAAUCUUAGCCUGUACUUUUUUCCACUGGCCUGCAAUCUUCCCUUCAAUAUUGCAAAUAAUCAAAAUCUUACCAUAUAUUAAUUUGUAGGGUUUAGCCCCCCACCCCCAAUAGAUAACAAGGAAACUCCUUGACACCAUCCAGAUAUAGCUAAGUCCAUUGCCACCAGGUGACUAAGCUAUAUGAUGGAUGCUAUCCAUACAGGUGAUUUAGGAAUAGUCAAGUACAUCCAGAAGUUCUGUGGUUGCCUUAAAAAGGUCUGCAUUUCUUUCUUACUGCUCUGGAACACUACCUUCAGGUAGUUAAACUUUGCAGUCAUAGCCUACCAGUGUCAUUCGGCCAAGAAGUCAUUCAUAUAACCAAGGGCAAAACUCUGGCUUUGAACUUGUUCCGAACAAAAAUAUAUUUCUAUUCACGAUUACAUCAUAUGAUAGGGAUGGGGAGCCUGUAACCCUCCAGAUGAUGAGGCACUUACAUCAUAAAUAAUCAUUGGCCUUGCUGGUUGAGAUUGAUGGGAGUUUCAGUUCAAGAACACCUGAAGGGUCACAGCUUCCCCAUUCCUGGUAUGUUGUUUUCUCAGUGGCGUUACAGAAAUGGUGGUUGCAGAGAAAAGCAGGUGUGUCUAAGCCCCACCGACAAUUCACAGCACUUACAAUCCAGUCCUAAAAGUGUGCAACUUCAACAGGAUUUCUUUGUUUUAUCACAGACUUAAACACAAAAUUAAAACCUGUGUUCUAUUGAUUAAGCAGGCCUCAUAAUUUGUAGACCACACCCAAUAACACAGCCUUCACAAACCUGAUUCCAUCCAGAUGUUUCGAGUUACAGCUUCCAUCAGCCCCAGCCACCAGAGCUGAGGCUGAUGAGAGUUGUAGUCCAAAACUUGAAGGACACUAUGUUGGCAAACACUGCAAUGAUGGAUGGGAUCCAGAGAUGACUUCCAUGGGUGGAAAGGCCUUUCCAUGUGUGCAAGACAACCUCACUGAUUUCCACUGAUUUCCCUCUUCAGCAAAUCCUCUUCAACAAGCAGAAUUCUACUUGUGUGGCUGCAGAUCAAAAACUAUAUUAUUUACCAUUUGCUUUGAAGCAGAGCUGUGAAGAUCCCAAAUGCCUGAUUAUUCAGAAAACUAAACAAUUUGAUUGCUGACUCUUAAGCAUUUCAAUUCACUCCUAGGAUUUUCAAAUGUGUUUCUGCUUAUGACAGUAUGCAGAAAGGAGUUGCUUGUUUUAGCUGUCUUCUGCAGUAGGCAGUCAUGAAGUAGGUCAGUUUUACUGGACUUAAGGACCAGAUUUUGGCAUUCAAAUGUCUCCAAUUUUAUUUUCCAUUUGCUUUUAACUGUUAAUGGGAAUAGUUAUAACGCCCUUUCAGUAAGUGAUCUGUUGCCCACAACAGUCCAGCCGACCCUUCUUUAUUUAUUAGAGAAUAUUUACCACCACCCCUCUGAUGUAUACGCCAUUCAAGAUGACUUAGAUCAGUUAAAAGCUGCAAUUUGAUAGUAAAACCAUAACAUAAUUAAAAUGCAAUGGAGAUCAGACAUGACAGAUUAAAGUAAUCUCUCAAGCAUUGCAGAAGCUUGCUGGAAUACAAAAAAAACUCACCAGUUGUUGAACAGCAAAAGAGGGGACCACUGAAACUCAUGAUGUGAUGCAUUGCACAGCUUCCACAAGGAAGUCUUCUCUGAUCACCGUAGCUACCCUUCCAGCAUAGGUGUAACACAGUGAAGGACAUCUCCACCAGAUCUUGGGCAGGGGACAUGUUGAAAACACCUUUCUUACCUUCUUGCAGGAGAGGCCCAUAUUCCACUCAUAGUCAUACGUGCUUUCACAGAAAGAGAAACAAGUGCAAAGGACCAGCAGUUGGUCUGUGGUGUGGCAAGCUCAGGAAGUGGUCCUUCCAAAGGUUUAACUUUAGUAUAAAGCUGAGAAGGGAGUGCAAACAUGUGGGAGUAUUUAGAACAGGGUUUCCCAAACUUGGGUCUCCAGCUGUUUUUGGACUACAACUCCCAUCAUCCCUAGCUAGCAGGGCCAGUGGUCAAGGAUGAUGGGAACUGUAGUCCAAAAACAGCUGGAGACCCAGUUUUGGGAAACCCUGCUCUAGCUUCAGAGGCAACAGGGGCACCAAUCUGAAUAAAAUGUUGGGGAACCCAGGUAAGCCCUGCCCUGCAUAAUCGAUCACAAGAUGUGGUGCACACACCUGAUCUAGAAGCUAAUGGCAAAAUGAUUGCCCAUAAGUAACCAGCCUAAUGUAUCUCGGUGUUCUCAAGCAGAGUGUGGAGGUGAUAGCUUCUCCCUGUUUCUCCCCAGCACCUGGCAUUGCAAGGUAUGUUGUCUGUGAAUAUGGUUCUGUUUUGCUAUUAUGGCUAACAGCUGAUGGGGAAAUGCAUGUACGACUGACUUAAUACUUUCCCAAAGGCUUUCUAUUUUUGCUAAAAUGUUAGUAUUAUCAAAAAUGGCAAGCAAUAUCAAUAACAUUGCCUAAAACAGGAGUGGGGAACCGUUGGUCUUAAACGUUGUUGGACUACAAAUCCAGCUAGCCCUGACUAGUGACCAUGCUGGCUGGGGUUUCUGGGAGUUGUUAAGCAACAUCUAGGGGGCCAAAGGUUCCCCAUCCCUGUUUCAAAACGUAGGGUGUAGCAAAAUAUUUGGGAAAGAGUUGUCUAGAUUUAAGGGUGAUGUUUCUGGACUUCUUUUUUGGCAUGGCUGUUUUCAGAGUUAUGGAAAUCUGUCAUGUCCUGGAGACAGACAGGCUGGCUGCAAAAAUUUUAAUAAUAUUUGCGACCUAUAAAACAUAUUUCUUGAAAUUGAGCAAAAGCGAAGAAUUAUUGUGGGCAGUUGCUACAAAUGAUUAACUCACCCCAAAAGCAGUGCUACUUAACAAGCUUAGUAAAUGCUAUCAAAGUGACAGGUAAGAUAGAUUUACAGCAAAACAAUCAAGUUGCAAGACUGAAUUUUGUGCCGCUGGUAAAUGAGGGGAUCUGAAGGUGGAUGGAAGCUGUCUGCUUGAGGAGACUGUUUCAGGGAAAGGAAAGAAAUAUAGCUCUGCAGAGCAUCAUACAUUUGUUUUUUCUUGCAUCUUGCUGGCUGGGACAAGAGUAGCUGUAUCUCCUUAGUGUGGAAAACCCCCAAAACAGCAGUGUUGAAGGAGAAGUGAAGCAAGCAGCCCAGUGUAGUAUUUAGGGCUGGAAUGAAGAGGGGUAGUUCUUUGAAAAGCAGCUAAAAAUGGAACUUGUUCCUUGGUGAGAGAUAGAACAGGGAAUUGUUGUAUUGCCCAGGCAAGAACCAGCUGCUUGUCUGCAUACAGUGGUACCUUGGGCUACAAACACCUUGGGUUACAAACACUUCAGGUUACAGACUCCGCUAACCCAGAAGUAGUACCUCGGGUUAAGAACUUUACCUCAGAAUGAGAACAGAAAUCGUGCGUUGGCGGCGCAGCGGCAGCAGGAGGCCCCAUUAGAUAAAGUGGUACCUCAGGUUAAGAAUGGUUUCAGGUUAAGAAUGCACCUCCGGAACGAAUUAAGUUCUUAACCAGAUGUACCACUGUAUUUAAUCCAGGACUCAUUCAAUCCUGAGCUGGAUAUUUUUUAUGAAUCUUGAUUUUACAACUCCUGUAACAAGCACAUAUAUUUGAAUGAUCCAUUGCUCAGCUGAGAUUCUCCUGUAGUGUCCUGUAUUUUUAUUUUAUGUAUUUAUUUUUACAUUUAUAUCCCACCUUACCCAUUUUAGAGUUCAAGGAGGCACGCAUUAUUUUCUCAUUUUCCCCAUUUUUAUCCUCACAGCAGCCCAGUGAUGUAUGUUAAGCUGAGAGUGAAUGGUUGGCCCAGAGUCACCCAGUGAGCUUCAUGAUUGAGUAGGGAUCUGAAUCCUGGUCUCCUAGAUCUUGGUCUGACACACUAAGCAAUACACCUUACUGGCUCCUGAGGCAUUUCCUAGAACAGAUGUAGCCAACAUGGUGCCCUCCCAGAAGUUACAGACUGCAAGUCCCAUUAUCCCUCACUAUUGGCCAUGCUGGUUGGUGCUGAUGGGAACUGUAGCCCAAAACAUCUGUAGGGCACUUUGUUGGUUACCCCUGUUCUAUAAAGUUUGCCUGUACUUUUAAGAGAAGGAAGUUGUCAGUCACAUGCAGCAAGUGAGGACAGGAAGUUACAAGAUUAUUGCAUGGGUUGUUUAAUAAAGCGCUGUUUGUGUUUGCUUUUGAAACAAAGCUUUUGAGCACAACUUUGCAAACCACAAUAAUGUUGCAGAACCACUCCAAAACAGGCAGCAUUCGAUUUCCAUUUGUGGUCUUGGUGAUAUUGAUCCUUCUGUUGCCAUUCUGAGUGCAUUAGAUGAGGAAUGAUCUGAACCAGAAAAAAUCUAAUCACCCAGUUUUUUAUUUUUCCAGUCUUAAGUUUCGUAUGUGCUACAUAUGUUAGUUAAUUUUCAUAUGCAUUCUUCUGCACACUUCUCCAAAUACACACAUUUUUGUAAGCAAUUUCCCCUAAUACAAUCAGUGUUUUGCACAUUAUUUUCAGCAAUAUCUGCAAAUUUUUGCAUGCAUUUUCCUCUAAUAUACACAUUUUGUAUGCACUCUUUGGUUGGAGAGCUGCAUCACAAACAUUGGAGAAGUGUGAAUUUUGAAGGGUUCAUUCAUUGGUUCAUACAGUGCAAAUUUGAUGGGUUUGCAUUAAAAUGUGGACCGAAUAAAUUUCUCCCCAUCCCUUGAUAUGAGGAUCAAUGAGCUAAUUUUCCAAUCUAGUGGAAAUAAAAGUCCUGCGAAGGGCACUGCAAGAUAAACUGUUAGAGAUGAGGGUUGUUUCUUGGUGAUGAAGGGUUUCCCAGUUAGGAAAGAUGUUUGUAGAGGACAUCCAGGAAAGUUCUCUGGCAUGAUCGCAUAUAAGAAGGCAGCAAUUUCUGUUCCGACCUGUAUUUGCCCUACAACCAUUGCUGGUUUCUGUUCCACAGCAGUUUGAGCAAAGGUAAAGGGACCCCUGACCGUUAAGUCCAGUCGCAGAUGACUCUGGGGUUGUGGCGCUUAUCUUGCUUUACUGGCCAAGGGAGCUGGCAUGACUAAGCCGCUUCUGGUGAACCAGAGCAGUGCACAGAAACACCUUUUACCUUCCCGCUGGAGCAGUACCUAUUUAUCUACUUGCACUUGAUGUGCCUUUGAAGUGCUAGGUUGGCAGGAGCAGGGACCGAGCAACGGGAGCUCACCCCGUCGCGGGGAUUCGAACCGCUGAUCUUCUGAUCGGCAAGCCCUAGGCUCUGUGGUUUAGACCACAGCGCUACCCGCAUCCCUUUCAGUUUGAUUAGUACUACGUUAUUUGUCUUGCUGUCUUCUACUUAAUGUAAGUUGCAAAGUAUUUGCCUAACUUACAUACAUUUCGAUGCAAGGGACAUGUCAAAACAUUGUUUUCAUUAAUUACAUGUCAUUUGUGGACAUUAAAAAAACAACCACAACGGUAAUGUAAAAAAAAAAAAUUGAUUGUAUUCGCCUGACUCAUUUCCAUUCCUGGCCAUGCAAACGGCAGUAAUUUCUUCUUCAUUUUCCAUUUUAAAUCUCCCACAUCUAUAAUGAUGGAAGAUUUUUUGGGGUGAAGGCUAAUUAAUAAGUUAGUGUUCCUUAUUCCCCAGUGUGAAAAUGGUGUCUGGACUGAUCAUCUGGAAUCAGGAGGGUUUGAAUCUCAUCUUUUCCAUAAACUUACAUAAGCUGCCCCCACCUCAGCUUCAGUCACCCCAUUUACAAAAUAAGUAAUAUUGAUUUAUUUUACAGGGUUCUUUCAGGAUAAUGUACACUAACCAUUUUGAACAGUUGAAAGUGUUAUAUAUAGACGUAGAUAUUAAAGUUGUUCUUGUUGUAAUGUACCUGAUGAGUAUGCUUACCAUAGUAUCCCAACAUGAAGAAACCUUCGGCAGUUGUUCCUUCUCUGCAGUAGUGAAUAGGUGGGCAAUUGCAAUACCAAUUGGCUCCUCAUUUCCCUUGUCACAUAAAUGCUAUAGAGUCAACAAUCAUUCUUAGGUCACUAAGCAUUCGAAAAUAGAAGGGUUGCAGAUUCCAAACAUUUUGUUGCAAACAGGAAAUAAACUUCUGGUUUCCCUUUUAGGAAGCCAAGUGAGCCAGUGAGAUCUAAAGGCCUUGGAAGCAAAAUAAAGCAAAAAAGAGAAAGCUCCUCAUUCAAAGAAUCUGGGUUGAUGUUAUUAAAAGGAGGCACAAUAUUUACAGUGUUUUCCAGGCUGGUCACCCGAUCCAAGAAAAAUGAAGUCAAUCAGGGUUUAUUUCUUGUGCAGCAUGCUGCUUUAAAUUGUCUGAAAACUGAUUUUGCUCAGCAUUGCAAGUUUGGAUGUGGAAUCUGAACAGUGAACAAAGUUGUUGUGAGUUUCCUGCCUGUGUACUUUUCUGGUUUCUCUUAUUGCAGACAAACCCGUCUGGUGCUGAAAAUAGCUCAAAUGCUCCUAGAACAGUAGCUGCAGCCAGCAGCUGAAAUUCUUUCAUGCUCUUAUCGCCCUCUCUUUUCCUCUCUAUUGCAGGUUCUUGUUCUUCAGUUAAACUUAGACCUUUACAGAAGCUAAACAUUAAGAAAGGACUGAGUUAA